GUGUGUGUAUAUAAAGCCAUGACAGCAGCACUGAUUAACAUACAUUACAUCUCUCUGUCUUGUUCAUUACGUCCACUCGUUCGACAACAGGAACCAUGAAGAUACUGUUUUUCGUUGCGGUUGUUUUAUUUGCCGGGCCGGUGCAGCGGUCUCAGGGCGUCGAUCCAGGGGGCGAUUUUUGUUAUCAGCAGAAAGACAGAUGUAGCCAGAUGCUUCCCACCAUGGACCUGUGGUUCAACUGGCCUACUUUCAAUAACACGCAGCUCCGGGACUUUUGCCUGAAAUUAACAGAGUUGAAGACAUGCACGACCCAGUUAAAGAGUAACCUGGGAUGUAACGAGACCGCCAUCACACUGGAGGCUGAGAGCGCUAACGCAGCCUACCUGUGCAGUGACGCUGGCAAGAAGAAUUACCAGGACAACCUAGCUUGUUUUACUGAGAGCAGUAGGACCACGGCCGUCGCCAGCUGCUACACAGAUCACCUGGAACAAGCUUUUCUGCCUCCAAGCGCAGUAGACAGCGCAGACAGGGCCAGGAACUCGGACAGCGCUGAUGAGAUUUGCUAUAAACUGAACGAAUACGUUAACUGCACAGGGACAGCGUUCAGCACAUGUCGCGCGGCAGCAAGAGAAGUGGCCACGAUGACGGCACUAGGACUAUACAAAGUCUACAUGCUUGAUCCACAGAUCACGCUUAAAGAGUGUACCAUCAAUAUGGAGGUGAUGAUUACCACCACCCCCGGGUCAACUAACCAGGGGUCAACGAGUGGAGCGAGGUCAAGGUCGUGGGGUUAUGGCGCACACGUCGUCACCGGCAUGUUGAGUCUUGCUGUCCUUGCACUGUCAUAGAUGUCGCUGCAGUAAUCACUUUUUUCUGUCAUCAUUGUCAUUACCAUUAUUGUCAUUGUUAGAAUUGUAAAUCAAUCGUGGUGACAGCGUUGAUCGUUGUUACUUUGAGUAUGACGUUUGUCUAAUCUGCUGGAGAGACUUAAAAAUUAGGAGAACUAGGCGGGGAUCAUUUUCGCAGUCUUUUAAAUGUCGCUUAAAAUUACAUUUAAAUUUAAUUUUAAAACUGUGAAGUCUAUCUUCCAAAUACUUUGAAGUCCAUACAGAACCACAAGACAUAUUUAUUGUAUGUUUCCUGAUUUUUUUUUCAAUAAAAAAACAUUAUUUAAGUAA